AUGAUAACGGUGCAAGAUCAGACUCAGGUGUGGGUACCUUUGACCCCUGCCAGUACAUACAAUCGAUAUCGAGCACACGAGGAACAUGUGCGAAAACGCGAGAAAGAACAAGGUUCAUUGGCCAUUAAGGUCCAACCGUUGGUCUCCUUGGAGCUGGGGCUCGUGGAGUUGGUGGAGCUCACCCAGAUGGUCCAAUUGGGACAGGUGGGACAGCUGGGAUUCUUGGCGUGGCUGGCGAGAGGAACCGAGAUGGUCCAACUGGGACUGGUCCGACUGGAGAAGUUGCUCGAGUCGCAGGGCCAAUGGCCAUACAGGCAGAUUCAGGAUGAAGAACCUGAGAGCAGCAAGGAGCCAGAAGCGCCCAGCUGGCACGAGGAGAAGGAAGCGUGGCCAUGCGCCAAGUCUUCGUCGCAAGAGUUAGCUGAAGACAAGUCGUCUUGGCCAAAUGCCUCUUCUAGCACAUCAGCUAUACCGGAGGUGACGAGGGCAAGCUAUCCGGAGGACCCGUGGAAGCGCUACAGUCAAGUGCACAAGGAUAGCCAUCCAGAACUGGAACUUCAGAGGCCCGUGCGGCCUGUGCAGGCAGCCGCCCAAGUGCCCGCGCAAACACCAUCAGCACAAGUGCCACCAGCACAAGCGCGAGAGCGCUCGCGCCCAGCUGUUCGACCUCCAAGAGAUUUGCAGUCAAAGAUUUUUGUCUCCGGGCUCAGCGGCGACACGCUGCCGCAAACCUUGGGGGAGUUCUGCCAAAGUGUAGGUGAAGUUCGCUAUGCGACGGUCUACAUGGAUCCAGAUAGUGGUAGUUCCAACUGCACUGGAAAGGUGGAUUUUGACUGUCGAGCAACAGCAGAGCGAGCUAUUCAAGAUCUAAAUGGAAGCACGCUGGAUGGUGCUCAAAUCACGGUUCAAUCUUUGGCCGACGUUCCCUUGCACUUUUGGCAGCGCCGUGACACUGGCUGCGCCGUGUUCAUAGGGAACUUGGACCCCAGCGUGACCAGAGAGGAACUGCAAGCCUUUGCUUCACGAAUAGGUGAAGUAGUCUACGUGCGAAUAUUCGUUGACCGUCAGACUGGGCAGUCGAGAGGUUGUGGCAAGGUAGAGUAUGCAUCCGUUGAACUGGCAGAAGAGGCAGUCCUCAAACUCAAUGGAAAGGCCCUGGGAGGAAAAGAGUUGACAGUGGAGCCAAUGUCAUCUGAACGAAAGCCUCCAGUGAAGGUGCCAAAGCCGCAAAGCACGGUUUUUGUUGGAGGUUUGGCGCCAGAAAUGGAUGAAGGAGCUUUGCUGGAAUUGGCCUCCAGAAUUGGGCCAGUCACGUUUGCGCGCAUCUUCCGUGAUCGAGAUAGUGGUCGUUCUCGAAACUGUGGCAAAAUAGAAUUCGAAACAGAAGACUUGGCCGUUCAGGCAGUCAAGCAGCUGGCAGGAGUAGAUUUCCACGGCAGGAAGCUUUCCGUGCAGCCUUUCGGACAGGCGCCAGAGAAUUCGGAGACGCGACGUCCACAGGUUGAUGGCCGGCAAGUCUUCAUUGCUGGCCUAACUCCGGGUACCACAUCGGAGAUGCUGCGAGAAUUCUGCCAGAUUGCAGUUGGGAAUGUGGAUACAUCACGUGUGUUUCUGAACCGCGAGACAGGCGAGUCCAAAGGGACUGGGAAAGUCGAGUUUCAGACGGCAGAGCUGGCACAGAAGGCCAUCCAGGAGCUAAAUGGCCGUUUACUGGACGGACACCGCCUUUCUGCACGAAUCAUGGAGCAGGAGAGGCCGAGUCGGGUAGUGCGAGAAACGGCUGAUCCAGACUGCAAGCUCUUCAUUGGGAACCUACCAGAAGAGGUUUCAGAAGAGCAGCUCAAGGAUUUGUUGCAACAGACGGGUGAGGUUCUAUCGGUGUCAGUUUUCCGAUCUCACGGCAAUUGCUCCGGGCGUGCUGUGAUGGGUAGCGCAGAAGAAGCUUCACGUGCGGUGAGCGUUCUGCAUGACACCUUCUAUGUCUCCAACCGUAUCGCUGUGCGAUUGGAUGCUGGGAAACCGCAGCUGGAUUCCACUGUAUUUGUUGGUGGUCUCAAUUUCGACACCACGAGCGAAGGUUUGCACCAACACUUUGCCCAAGUGGGGGAUGUGGUUUAUGCAUCUGCAUUCAGCGUGAAGGGCACUGGGAAGUCACGAGGCAGUGGCAAGGUGGAAUUCCAGACGCCAGAGGCUGCUCGAAUGGCUGUGCAGCAGCUGGAUGGCUCUGAAUUGGACGGCCGCCAGCUGCAUGUGAAAUUGAUGGAGGCGAAGCCACCGCUCGCCCCGACUCGGCCGCCUCCCGGCUUGCGACCACCAGACAGCGGUCGUCACCUCUUCGUUUCACUGUCCACGGAGACAUCGACAGAGAUGCUCCGAGAGUUCUGCGAGUGCUGCUUGGGCGAUGGUGCAGUUGCGUACUGCAGUGUCUUCACGGACAAAGAGACGGGUGAGCCGAAGGGUAGUGCAAAGCUCGAGCUAGCUUCGCCAGAGCUGGUGGAUCGGGCCAUGAAGGAGUUGGAAGGUGCUAUGCUGCAGGGCAGUCGCUUGAGCUUGCGCCGCCCAGGCGAGAAGCCGCCCCAGGAGCCUGAUGGGCGUACUGUUUUCAUGGGAGGGCUGAGCUGGGAUUUGGACUCUGAUGGCCUCAAAGCCUUCGCUCAACAGGUCGGCGAGGUCUGCUAUGCUGCAGUCUUCACCAAUCGCGAGAAUGGCAAAUCCAAAGGUUCAGGCAAGGUGCAGUUUGCCAGCAGCGAGUUGGCCUUAAGAGCAAUUGAUGAGCUCAACGGCCGUGAACUGUUGGGGCGGGAGCUUGCUCUCAGCGAGUGGGUGAGCCGCCUCAACUCGGCCUGUGCCGCUGCACUUUGGCACAAAGUUUUGCAGGACACAGAGAAAUGGGAUGAAUAUCCGUUUUGGCAUGUGAGUGUGGCCUUGCCAUUGACGAUGGCCCAAGAAAAGAAGGCAGAGCCCCUUCUGGCUGCUGGAGAUGACUUCUCUCAGAUGUUCUUCUAUGGUACUGUGAAAAACUUCAACACUGAACGCGGCUUCGGAUGGCUCAACUGUGCAGACACAACGGCACGCUUUGGUCGGGAGGUUUAUCUCUCCAAAGAGGAAGCCACUGCGUUGGCAAAAGAUCUGGUAGUUGGCACCCAAUUCAGUGAAGCUGAGCCAGUGCGAGAUGGCCAGUUUGUAAGAUUCAAGGUCACACAAGGAGAAGAGAACUACCCGUUGGCUAUACAGACUCGGCGGGUAAGACGACUGCUAGGAGAAGUGAUGCAUCUACCAGGGGAGCAGGCAGCAGACGGCAUUUUGACCGUCAAAGGCGAUCCCCAUGGUAGCACGGAUUCUCUACAACAACUCAUGGGAAAAGAGGUGAGGAUUCGACAAUCUGACUGUGGGCAGCUACGCUUGCAUAUUGGCGACGAAGUCACCUUUUAUUGCAUCCUUAUCGGCGACAAUCCGCCGAUGCUAGAAGGUAAAGUGGCAGAACUCAGGUCUACCAAUCGGACACCAUCCACGUUGAUGGGCUGUGUUUCCAUGGAGAUCCCACGCGCUUUGGAACCUGCAAAGAUUCGUGCUCACGCCUUGCCAGACCGCAUAGUGCUGGCUGGAAUUCCAGAAGGCAUGGACAAGGAUGAGAUCAGAAACAUUUUUUCAGAGUUCGAAGGGCAGGAAGUCAUUGUCACCCACGACGACGCAGACUGCGACAGAUUUGGCUUUGCCUCCGUGAGUUUCCCAGGUGUUACCCACGUCGGCCGAGUGCUUCUCCGAAGCUUUGUGGCCAUUGCAGUGGGGAACAUGCAGAAGGUGGUCCGGAUGUCCAUUGGAGCACGGGCUCAUGAGGAGUUUGGCAAGUCUCUUCCUAUGCUUCCAGCACUUCCGCGGCCAGUUCUGGAGUCAGAGGAGAGUCUUGCUUGUAGAUAGCACAGACAAAGGUCUCUGUGCGGAUGAUGGAGGCGCAGCCGCGUAAGCCAGGAUGAGAGACAAAGGCUGCACGUUUCACCCACGGCGAAGAUUUGACUCAGGGAAAUUCCCAGGCUCACGAGAGUUCAGGACAUCUGAAUGAUUUGCUGAGAUGAGACAACGUGAUGGCUUGGCAAGCGCGGAGCUCGCCAGGCAAUUUGUGAAGGUCAAUCCACUCCACCUCCAAACUUUUUUCGGUAAAAACAAAUAAAAAAGGAAAAGCAGGGAAAGUGUGUGAGGAACAUGGGGCUCCAGGAAGUGUGGC